GGGGUUGACGUAGUGGCCCGUGCACCAAAGCGCCUCUCCGAGUCGUAGAAGGCUAUGAGACAUGAACUGAAACACAAUUCUUCUAAAUACUCCCUCACACUACUAGUGACUAGAAUUUCUUAUAAUAUGGCGAUUGCAUGUAUUCGGGCAUCACAUGUUGAUUUGGGCAAAAGAGGGGUUCCAGAUUGCCAGCAAUCAGCUAUGACGUUGACAGCUUGGUAACAGCGCCAAGCUAAUCCAUGAUUCGUGAACCAGAGAUGCGAAUACUAGACUUCAACUAGACGUGACAGCGUCGCGAAACCCUUUAGCCGUUGCAGCGUAGUACACGGACGCCCGCGUAUUAGCCCAACAUCAUUCUUUUCUUUUCAAUGGCCUAGCGGCGCACCACUUCGCUCCUUCUGCGCUUGAUGUACUUGCUACCAGGAGACUCUUCCGCAAGUGGCAUUCUUAUCUCGACACUGGCUUGACGUGGCGACGAUUUCGCCAUGAAGUUCGCAAAGGAACUGGAGCGCGAUCUUGUGCCAGAAUGGCGGCUAAAGUAUCUUGACUAUAAGCUAGGCAAGAAGAAGCUGAAAGCCAUUAAUCGCGCCCUUCGGAAUGUCGACCAGACACCGCGCCUCCGCCGACGCGGAACCAACAUCCUUCCCUCGCCCUUCGACGCGGCGCCGAAAUACUCGUACCUGAACCGCGAACACGCUAGGCAAGGAGAAACGGCAAACACUAGGGAUCCCGAGGAUUUGCGGGCGCUCGCGAUAACCAAUAGCCGCACCAGCCAACCACAGAGACGAAGUGGGAGUCAACCAGCGCGCUCGCCAGAGGAAGAGCCAUUGGCACACGGGCGAGGUGAUUUUCCAGGCCUGGGGAGGAGCUAUGGCAGCAUCAUUGGCAGUCCGCCGAGUGGCCAGGGGAAAUUAUCUACAUACAGAGGCAAGGCACCUCCAUCCCUGAAGCUCCCAGGCGCAGCACUCGACCCUGAGAAUAGCUCACCGCAUGUCGGCCCUUCAGCUGCAUCGCUCAGCAAAACCAAGACCAUUACACUACCCGCUGCGGAAUCAGAGACCGAUAACGCGUUCGAAGUGGGCAAGACCAAAUCCCCCAACAAGAAGCACAUGUCACUGCCAGCCAGGUACAAGACUGUCUUCAGCCCGAAACGCAUGAACUCGAUGCCGGGUCCUAUUGUACAGUCCAAGACUCGCCCAUCAGUACGACGUCUAUUCUCUCUGAGUAGCAAAUCACCACCAGCUAGCCCGGGUGACGUCCCUCUCGAAGCAUAUCGCGAUCUCGACUUUCGACAAGCUGAGUUCUUCAAUUUCCUGGACUCGGAGCUGGUUAAGAUCGAAACGUUUUACAAAGAGAAAGAGGACGAGGCAACCCAGCGAUUGUCAAUCCUGCGCGAUCAGUUGCACAUCAUGAGAGAUCGACGCAUCGACGAUGUCAUUCAGCGCCAAACAGCCAAGAUCAAGGCCAAAGACGCAUUGGGCAAGAAACACAAUGGUACGCAUUUGCUGUCCAAUGGCCAAGCAAGCAGCUCUGGUGACGAGGACACCAGGGACAUAAAGACAAACGGAAACGCAAUGACCGACUCAUGGUUGAAUCCAAUUGAUGCCGCCCUGGACGCUAUCAAGGCUGGCAAGUACGGAAAGAGCACGAAGAACAUAACGCAACUUGCCACACCGGCCGCACUCCAGCCGAAGGAUCCCGAUGCGCGCCGUGACUUCGUUCGGCGCCCAGAGCUGCCAAGUGUGCCUUACCAAACGGCAAAACGAAAACUCAAGGUCGCGCUUCAGGAGUAUUAUCGGGCACUUGAGCUACUCAAAUCUUAUGCCUUAUUGAACCGGACAGCCUUCCGCAAAAUCAACAAGAAGUACGACAAAACCGUCAACGCACGACCUUCGAGUCGAUACAUGAACGAGAAGGUGAACCAAGCAUGGUUUGUCAACAGCGAUAUCAUCGAAGGACAUAUCAGAGCCACGGAGGAUCUCUAUGCAAGAUACUUCGAAAGAGGCAACCACAAAGUUGCUGUCGGAAAACUGCGGAUAAAGAUUGCGAGAGCAGGCGACUACACAGACAACACGUUUCGUAAUGGCAUUCUGCUCACUGCGGGCUUCAUCCUUGGUGUGCAAGGCGUUAUCAAGGCUAAUGAGAUAGCAAAUCUGCACGAUAUGCCAGAUGCAUUUUCGUUAAACACGAGCUAUCUCCUACAGCUCUACGCUGGAUACUUUCUCGUCAACUUUCUCCUACUUAUAUUUUGCUUAGCUUGCCGCGUAUGGCACGAAACUAAGAUCAACUACGUUUUCAUUUUCGAAUAUGAUACCCGCCACUACCUGGACUGGAGGCAACUUUCUGAGGUAUGUGUUUUAACUUGAUCACUUGAGCGAACUGUUAACACGACAUAGCUUCCUUGCUGGUGUUUCUUCAUGUUGGGCUUAUUCAUGCAGGUCAACUUCUACCAAGUUGGCGGCGAGUCUAUAUAUCUAUAUUAUCCGGUGAUCCUCCUGAGCAUAUCGGUUGCACUCCUCUUUAAUCCCAUGAAAGUGUUCUACUUUCGAACGCGGAUGUGGCUGUUGUACUCCUUAUGGCGUUUGCUACUCGCUGGCAUUUACCCUGUGGAGUGGCGAGACUUCUACCUGGGUGAUAUGUU